AUGGCAUCCCUCAUCACCACAAUCCAGUCCAAGCUGGGCUAUUCCUCCCAGAAGGCUCUCCUUCUCGGCGCCGGAUUCGUGACAAAGCCCACCGUCCAGAUCCUCGCGGAUGCUGGCGUUGAGGUCACCGUCGCCUGCCGCACGCUGGAAAAUGCGAAGAAACUAUGCGAAGGCAUCAAAAACACGCGGCCAAUCUCCCUUGAUGUCACCAACCAAGAAGCACUGGACGCCGAGAUGGCCAAAACCGACCUUGCAAUCAGUCUGAUCCCAUACACCUUCCACGCAACCAUCAUCAAAUCCGCAAUUCGAAAGAAGCAAAACGUCGUCACCACCAGCUACGUUUCUCCGGCCAUGUUGGAAUUGGAGGACCAGGUCAAGGAGGCGGGCAUCACGGUCAUGAACGAGAUUGGCCUGGAUCCGGGGAUCGACCAUCUCUACGCGGUCAAGACAAUCGAAGAGGUUCACAAGGCUGGCGGCAAGAUCAAGUCGUUCCUAUCAUAUUGCGGUGGACUGCCCGCCCCGGAGGCCAGUGAUAAUCCUUUGGGCUACAAAUUCUCCUGGUCAAGUCGAGGGGUCCUGCUUGCUCUCCGCAACUCGGCCAAGUUCUACGAAGAUGGCUCCGUCAAGGAAAUUUCUGGGCCGGACCUCAUGAGCAGUGCAAAGCCGUACUUUGUCUACCCCGGCUUCGCGUUCGUUGCAUAUCCCAACAGAGACUCGACGCCCUACCGAGAAAAAUACAACAUCCCCGAAGCCCAGACCGUCAUCCGCGGUACGCUGCGGUAUCAGGGUUUCCCUGAGUUUGUCAAGGUCCUGGUCGACAUUGGCUUCCUUUCGGAAGAAGAGCAGUCUUUCCUUAAACCGUCCGCCGACAAAAAGCCACUAACCUGGGCCGAAGCGACGCAGAAGAUCAUCGGCGCCACCAGCAGCAAGGAGUCCGACCUGUCGUGGGCAAUCAGCUCCAAGACGACGUUCAAGGACACGCCCGAGAAACAACGCAUCAUCUCAGGCAUCAAAUGGCUGGGCCUAUUCUCAGAUAAACCCAUCACGCCACGAGGCAAUCCGCUUGACACGCUCUGCGCCACACUCGAGGAGAAGAUGCAGUACGAAAAGGGCGAGAGGGACAUGGUCUUGUUGCAACAUAGGUUCGAGAUUGAGCACAAAGACGGAACCCAGGAGACCAGAACGAGCACUCUUUGUGACUACGGUGACCCCAACGGAUAUAGUUCCAUGGCGAAACUGGUGGGUGUCCCUUGCGGAGUGGCUUGUUUGAUGGUGCUGGACGGGAGGAUCAAAGAGAAGGGGGUCCUGGCGCCGUUGAAGUGGGAGCUGGCGGAGCCUAUACUGAAAGAGUUGAAGGAGAAGUAUGGGAUUUUCCUGACCGAGAAGACACUCGAAUAA